AUGGCCGUGCCGCCGCUCCGCCGGGCGCUGCUGCUGUGGCAGCUGCUGGCGGCGGGCGGCGCGGCGCUGGAGAUCGGCCGCUUCGACCCGGAGCGCGGGCGCGGGCCAGCGCCGUGCCAGGCGGUGGAGAUCCCCAUGUGCCGCGGCAUCGGCUACAACCUGACCCGCAUGCCCAACCUGCUGGGCCACACGUCGCAGGGCGAGGCGGCCGCCGAGCUGGCCGAGUUCGCGCCGCUCGUGCAGUACGGCUGCCACGGCCACCUGCGCUUCUUCCUGUGCUCGCUCUACGCGCCCAUGUGCACCGACCAGGUCUCGACGCCCAUCCCGGCCUGCCGGCCCAUGUGCGAGCAGGCGCGCCUGCGCUGCGCGCCCAUCAUGGAGCAGUUCAACUUCGGCUGGCCGGACUCGCUGGACUGCGCCAGGCUGCCCACGCGCAACGACCCGCACGCUCUCUGCAUGGAGGCGCCCGAGAACGCCACGGCCGGCCCCGCCGAGCCCCACAAGGGCCUGGGCAUGCUGCCUGUGGCGCCGCGGCCCGCGCGGCCCCCCGGCGACGGAGCCCCCGGCCCGGGCGGCGGCGGUACCUGCGAGAACCCCGAGAAGUUCCAGUACGUGGAGAGGAGUCGCUCGUGCGCGCCGCGCUGCGGGCCCGGCGUCGAGGUGUUCUGGUCGCGGCGCGACAAGGACUUCGCGCUCGUCUGGAUGGCCGUGUGGUCGGCGCUGUGCUUCUUCUCCACCGCCUUCACCGUGCUCACCUUCCUGCUGGAGCCUCACCGCUUCCAGUACCCAGAGCGUCCCAUCAUCUUCCUCUCCAUGUGCUACAACGUCUACUCGCUGGCCUUCCUCAUCCGCGCCGUGGCCGGAGCACAGAGCGUGGCGUGCGACCAGGAGGCGGGGGCGCUCUACGUGAUCCAGGAGGGCCUGGAGAACACGGGCUGCACCCUCGUCUUCCUGCUGCUCUACUACUUCGGCAUGGCCAGCUCGCUGUGGUGGGUGGUGCUGACGCUCACCUGGUUCCUGGCAGCUGGCAAGAAGUGGGGCCACGAGGCCAUUGAGGCCCAUGGCAGCUACUUCCACAUGGCGGCCUGGGGCCUGCCGGCCCUCAAGACCAUCGUUAUCCUGACACUGCGCAAAGUGGCGGGGGAUGAGCUGACUGGGCUCUGCUACGUGGCCAGCAUGGAUGCGGCUGCGCUCACGGGCUUCGUGCUGGUGCCCCUCUCCUGCUACCUGGUACUGGGCACCAGCUUCCUCCUGACCGGCUUCGUGGCCCUCUUCCACAUCCGCAAGAUCAUGAAGACAGGCGGCACUAACACGGAGAAGCUGGAAAAGCUCAUGGUCAAGAUUGGCGUCUUUUCUAUCCUCUACACCGUGCCUGCCACCUGUGUCAUUGUUUGCUAUGUCUAUGAACGCCUCAACAUGGACUUCUGGCGUCUUCGGGCCACAGAGCAGCCAUGCAUAGCACCCACCAUGCCCGGAGGCCGGAGGGACUGCUCGCUGCAAGGGGGCUCGGUGCCCACCGUGGCUGUCUUUAUGCUCAAAAUCUUCAUGUCGCUGGUGGUGGGCAUCACCAGCGGUGUCUGGGUAUGGAGCUCCAAGACUUUUCAGACCUGGCAGAGCCUGUGCCACCGCAAGAUGGCAGCUGGCCGGGCCCGGGCAAAGGCCUGCCGGGCCCCCGGGGGCUAUGGCCAUGGCACCCACUGCCACUAUAAGGCCCCCACUGUGGUCUUGCACAUGACUAAGACGGACCCCUCUCUGGAGAACCCCACACACCUCUAGGGACACAGGCCUGCAAGGGGCGGCUGUUGCCCCCUCCUAGCCCCCCCUGGAGGAGACAGCUGACUAGCAGCUGCCCAGCUGUCAAGGUCAGGCAAGUGAGUGCAAGGGGGCUGAGGACCAGGGCGGGCUGACUCUCCUUGAGCCCUCACUUGUCAGGACCCAGUGAGGCUCAGUCCCCAGUCGCCUAGUGCAGGGAGUGGGCCUGGCUGAGUCCCCACAGGGUCCUGGGGGAGCAUGUGGAGAGGAGGAGCAGCAGAGGGGGCGUGGUCCAGCAGGGAGUUUAUUUAAUGAUGUAAUUUAUUGUUGAGUUUCUCCGGAAGCUGUAACUGGAAUAAACCCCCGUGUGGCACCACUGCGUCCUCUCUGGGCUGGAAAGGGGGGAAGUAGAAGAGGGAGGGCCCUGCAGGAGUCUCCCUUGUGACAGAGCUGGGAGUGGGUGCUGGGCUCAUCUCUGGCUCCCCACCAAUCAGGAGGACAGCCCCUGUGGAACAGCUGUAUUUUGCAGGAGUCCCAGAUUAUAGGUGUGUGUUUUCGCCUCUCGCCUGUCUUCGCUCCUUUUGGCAACCUGCUUGCUUAUCUCUGAGUCCUGGGUUCCUGCUUCUCAAAGUGAGGCUGGGCUGCCUGCCAGGACACUCAGGGAAUCCCCUGGGAUGACACCCCACCUCUGGCCCUGGGGAGUCUAUCCUGUUUGGGGGCUACACAAAUGUCCUCAUUUGUGUAGAAAAUGAGGGCAUCAGCCUGUCUCACAGGUUCCCUCAGAGGCUCGGGACCAGCUCCCACUGUCUCCUGUAGACCCAUCCUGUUGUCCCCUCCCUGGGACCUGAGGGCUGAGGCUGGAGUCUGACUGUCCUCAUCGCCUUCAAAGAUUGCUGGUGUGUCCACCUCACUCCUUGGGACCCUAGUCAGGGCCCCACCCC